AUGAUUUCAAAACACGAAUCUGAUAUUGUAAAAGUAUCAAUUCUAAAUGAAGAAUCAAUAAUUAUAGGUUUUCAUUUGACAGAAUUAAUAUUUCAAGAUAUCAUCAAAUCUAUACCAUCUUCAACUUAUGUCAUUAUUACGGAUAAAAAUAUUGCAUCAAUUUAUCUCUCAGACUUAAUCACUAAUUUUGAGAACAUUGUAAACAAAUUAUUUUCUUCCUCCCCCUCCUCACCUAGAAUUUUAACGUAUGUAAUUCCACCAGGCGAACAAUCAAAAUCACGAAAGACAAAAGGCGAAAUUGAAGAUUAUUUAUUAUCAAAAGCAUGUACGCGUGACGCAUGUAUUAUUGCUUUAGGUGGUGGUGUGGUUGGUGAUUUGGUUGGGUAUGUUGCUGCAACUUUUAUGCGUGGCGUUCCAUUUGUUCAAGUACCUACAACUUUAUUGGCAAUGGUAGAUUCCUCAAUUGGUGGCAAAACUGCCAUAGAUACUCCUCAUGGUAAAAAUCUUAUUGGUGCUUUCUGGCAACCUAAAAAGAUUUUUGUUGAUUUGAAUUUCUUGACUACUUUGCCUGAAAGAGAAUUCAUAAAUGGGAUGGCUGAAGUUAUUAAACACGCAGCUAUUUGGAACAAUAAUGAAUUUGAAAAAUUGGAAAAUGGUGUUAAAAGUAUUCAUGAAGCUGUACUCAAUCCACCCAAAGAUGUUCCAUUUCAAGGAAAUACACUUGAAACAAGAACUCCUUCUCAAUCACUUCUUUUAUCAGUAAUUUUAGCUUCAAUAAAGGUAAAGGCUCAUGUAGUUACUCAUGAUGAAAGGGAAAGUGGACUUCGUGGUUUAUUGAAUUUUGGACAUACAAUAGGGCAUGCAAUUGAAACAAUUUUAGCUCCUGAUUUAUUACAUGGUGAAUGUGUUUCAAUCGGUAUGAUUAAAGAGGCUGAGAUUUCCAGAAACCUUGGAUAUCUUAAUCAAGUAGCUGUUGGUAGAUUAUCAAUAUGUUUACAAAAUUAUGGAUUACCAGUUUCUUUAGAUGACAAAAAAGUUAAACAACUAGUUGGAAAUAAGUAUUGUGAUGUGGAUAGAUUAUUGGAAAUUAUGAAAAUUGAUAAAAAAAAUCAAGGUGAUAAGAAACGUUUGGUUAUUCUUACUGCUAUUGGCAAAACUUUAGAAAAGAAGGCCACAGUAGUUUCAGAUUCAAUUAUUCACAAAAUUCUUUCACCUGCCAUCAGAGUUUUUCCUAAGUUUUCAACUAAUAAUUGCGCAAAUUCACCAACAUCAAUCCACAUAACAACACCAGGUUCAAAAUCUAUUUCUAAUCGUGCUUUAAUCUUAGCUGCACUUGGUGAAGGUACUUGUAGGCUUAGAGGUAUCCUAUACUCAGAUGAUACUCAAGUAAUGUUAAGUGGACUUCGAGCUUUAGGUGGUGCAAAAUUUGAAUGGGAGGAUGAUGGCAAUACCUUGGUUGUUAUAGGUGGUGGUGGUAAACUUACUGUUCCUGAUGAUGAAAUUUAUCUUGGAAAUGCUGGCACAGCAUCUAGAUUUUUGACAACUGUGUGUACAUUGGCAUCUGAUCAGUCUGUAACUGAAAAGAAACAAAAAACAAUUCUAACUGGUAACUCAAGAAUGAAACAAAGACCUAUUGGACCUCUUGUUGAUGCUCUUAGAAACAAUGGUUCACAGAUUGAUUAUCUUGAGAGUGAAGGAUGUCUUCCAAUAGCAAUCAUGCCUUUGAAAAAAAAAUUGUGUGGUGGUGGUAUAGAUUUGGCAGCAUCAAUCUCAUCUCAAUAUGUUUCAUCUAUUCUUAUGAGUGCACCAUAUGCCAGUGAACCAGUGACAUUGAGACUUACUGGUGGCCAAGUGAUUUCACAACCUUAUAUAGAUAUGACUAUUUCAAUGAUGGAAUCAUUUGGAGUCAAGGUUGAACGUCUAGAUUGUGACAUGUACAAGAUUCCAAAAGCUAGUUAUAAAAAUCCAGCUGAAUAUAUCAUUGAGUCUGACGCAAGUUCUGCCACUUAUCCUUUAGCUAUAGCUGCAGUCACUGGUACCAAAUGUAAUCUACCAAAUAUUGGAUCAUCAUCUCUCCAAGGUGAUGCAGCAUUUGCUGUUAAGGUACUUGGACAAAUGGGUUGUGAAGUCACACAGACUGAAACAAGCACUACAGUACAAGGACCUCCUAUUGGAUCACUUAAACCAUUACCCACUAUUGAUAUGGAAACAAUGACUGACGCAUUUCUUACUGCAUCUAUUGUAGCUUCAGUUGCUUGUAAUUCAAAUAAUAAUCAUGAAAAUAAAAAUAUUACAAGAAUCAUUGGAAUUGCUAAUCAAAGAGUUAAGGAAUGUGAUAGGAUUGCUGCAAUGGUUCACGAGUUGAGAAAAUUUGGUGUUGAUGCAUCUGAGUUGUCUGAUGGUAUACAAAUUCAUGGUGCCAAAAUAGAAUCACUUAAAGGUCCUGUUGAAGGUGUCAAAUGUUACGAUGACCAUCGUGUGGCAAUGAGUUUCAGUGUUUUAGGAUGUGUUGUACCUAAUGGAACACUUAUUCGUGAAAAGAAAUGUGUUGAAAAAACUUGGCCUAAUUGGUGGGAUGAUUUAGAAUCUAAAUUAGGAGUAAAACUUGUUGGUGUUGAUCUUGGACCAAAACAAGAUGAUAAUAAAACUACUACUGCUACUACCACCGCUAAUGAAAAAAAUAAAUCUAUUAUAUUAAUUGGAAUGAGAGGGGUAGGUAAAACAACGAUGGGUCAAUUUGCAGCAAAAAUGCUAAAUUAUAAAUUUUUAGAUGUUGAUCAAUAUUUUGAAUCAAAAUUGGGUUUAACAAUUUCUGAAUUGGUUGAAAAGGAAGGAUGGGAUGUUUUUCGUGAUAAAGAACAAGAAAUAUUCAAGGCACUAUUAAAAGAUUAUGCUACUGGAUAUGUCAUAUCAUGUGGUGGUGGAAUAGUGGUUCAUAUUUUUAGAGAUAUCCAAGAAGUUAUAAAAUAUUUAAAUAAAGAUGAGGCUAGACCACAAUAUGGGGAGGAAAUUAUUGAAGUUUGGAAAAGAAGAAAAAAUUGGUAUAAAGAAUGUUCAAACUAUGAAUUUCAUUCACUUAAAUACAAUGAUGAUAAUUGUGCUGCUGACAAGGAACUUGAUCGAUCUGAAUUAGUUAAAGCUAAAGUAGAUUUUACAAGAUUUUUAAAAUUUAUUACUGGACAAGAUACAAAUCAAGUUGAUUUGGAAAAGACCAAAAGAACUUUUUUUGUAUCAUUGACAUAUCCAGAUCUUCAACCAAAAUUACAAUAUAUAUCCACAAUAAUUCAUGGAGUUGAUGCAAUAGAAUUACGAGUGGAUUUACUUGAUGAAAAUUCCAACAACAAUAAUGAUAGUAGUAAUAGCAAUAAAUUUUCAAUUGAUUAUAUUUCAAAACAGUUAGCUUUAUUAAAAGGUUAUUCAAAAUUACCAAUUAUUUUUACAUUAAGAACACAAAGACAAGGAGGAAAGUUUUUUUCAGGUGAUGAAUUAAAAAUUUAUGAUAUUUUGGAGAGUGGUUUGAGAUGGGGAUGUGAGUAUUUGGAUUUGGAAAUUGGAUUAUCACAUAAUCUAAUUACAAAAUUGUUAAAAAGAAAAGGCAACACAAAGAUUAUAGCAUCAUGGCAUGACACAACUGGAAAUAUGAAAUGGGAUGGAGAAGAAAUUUGUGGAUAUUAUAGAAAAGCUAAUGAGCAUGGUGAUAUUAUUAAAUUGAUUGGUAAAGCAAGAUCUAUAAAAGAUAACUUUGAUUUACAAUCAUUUUUAGAGUCUGUUUCGUCAACAUCAUCAACAACAAAAAAAAAACACAUUAUAGCAAUUAAUAUGGGAUCAGAGGGACAACUUUCGAGAAUCUUGAAUCAAACAUUUACACCUGUAACACAUGAUUUAUUGCCAUCAAAAGCUGCUCCAGGUCAAUUAUCAAUCAAACAGAUUCAUCAAGGACUUAAUUUGAUUGGUUUGUUACCUAAAAAAAAAUUUUAUCUUUUUGGAGCACCAAUUUCCCAUUCACUCUCACCAACAAUUCAUAAUACAGGAUUUGAAACUUUGGGAUUUCCUUAUCAUUAUGAAUUAUUUGAGUCAGAAGACGUUAAAGAUGUUAAACCCAUUAUUUUUGAGAGUGAGGAAUUUGGAGGAGGUUCAGUAACUAUACCUCAUAAAACCAGUGAUAAUACAGAUUGGUUAGGAAUUUUAAAUUCUAUUAAGUUAUAUAUUGAUACUCCAAUCAAUAACAACAGAAAUAUAUCAGGACUAGUUGUUGGUGCUGGAGGGACUUCAAGAGCAGCUAUUUAUGCAUUACAUAAAUUAGGUGCAACUAAAAUCUAUUUAUAUAAUAGAACUCCCGAAAAAGUCAAAGAACUAAUUAAACAAUUUCCAACAAAUUUUGGACUUCAUCAAUUAAAUUCAUUGACUGCAUCAUCACUUCCUUCUCCAUCACCUAAAAUCAUUAUUUCAACGAUACCAGGUACAACAAAUUUUGAAUAUCCAGAUGAAAUUUUUAAAUUCCAUGAUGAUAAUGGUAAAGGCGUGAUAGUUGAGAUGGCAUAUAAACCACAUAAAACCAAUUUAAUAAUUAAAGGUGAAAAAUAUGGAUGGAAUUGCGUUGAAGGUAUACAAGUUUUGAUUGAACAAGGUUUAUAUCAAUUUGAAAGAUGGACUGGUAGAAAAGCACCUAAAGAUCAAAUUAUGAAAACAGUCAUGGAAAAAUAUUAUUUGUAA